CCGCCUCCUCCCGCCUCCAAAGUCUGCGGAGCUCGGAGGACCUCCAGUUCGCCGGCUUCCUCCCUCAGAUCCACACAGUCGCAGGCCGGGAUCGCCCCUUCACGCAUCCAAAUGGGUGUAUCUCGCGAUCCAAACCCUAGCCGGAGCAGCCGCGCCGGUGCCCCUCCUCGCCACCGGCAUCCAACCGCCAGCAGGGCCUACUCCCGGGUGCCCCUUCCCCACCUCCCCUCCUCCUGGCCCCGGUUGAAGAACCCUACAACGGGGGAGGCGAGAGAGGUCCCCCUCCUCAUCGUCGGGCUCGGGUCUGCGGGGACGGGCAAGGCGGCGACACGGUGGCUCUCAGGCCACGCCCGGUGACCACGAACGGCGGGAGGAAUGCACCAGCUCGCGGUGGCGCAAUGGUUUCGAUUGGGAGGCACGGAGGGAAAGCUGCCUGUCGCCUGCCGUGUGCUGGUGCUGCUGGCGUCUUCAGGCGACCACGUCCGUCAGCUGCUGCUGCCGGCGACGUUCCUGACCUGCUGCUGGCCACCACGGCAAUUUGCUGCUCCCGGUGACGUCCCUUUCAUUCUCCAUGUUUCUUUGUUCCUGUUGAGUGUGCAUGCAGUAGAUAAAGAACCCAUGCAUGUAUGCAAAAUAGACAUUGCUGAAUCGAUCUUCCAACAAUCUUGUAUGAUGUUUGUCCAAGGUCACACAUGGCACCAGCAUGAGGUGGCUGCGGAUGUUUGUUUCACCGUGAUAAGCGUCGAAGGACUCCGUGGGGAGUCACACAACUCUAGGAAUAUGUGUGUACAUGGGAUUGUCAGAUUGACACAUGCAUAUGGUAUUAUCAUUUAUGCCGAAGAUUUGUUGAGAACUGACUUCAAUAUGAGGUACUUACAACUGUUAAAGAUCUCCACGGCUCCACCUCAUAAGUUAUAUGCCCAUCGAGAUUUUGUAUUCAGUAUAGAUCCUUAAUUACCUGAACUUUUGAACAGUGCAAUUCUUCAGACUUCUCUAAGGAGCCGACAUGGUAAAAAAAAACUCUUAACGAAGAAUUCCAGUUUCUGUCAUAAUCUGAUCCAUUUGCUCAUUCUUGGCUUCUUGGGUUGCUAAGCAUUAACCUUCAGCAUUUGUUGUCAUGUACAGGGCCUCUGAAUUCACUCAGUCUAUACAUAAAGAACAUGUCUUGCAGUUCUACCUUGGGACAGACUCUAACGCAUGACUCUUGCACUAGAAUGGUCAUGAUUGGGUGGUGCGUGUACCUUCGACUUCACAAAAUGGGAUAAUGGGUGUUGACUUGCUGAACGUGUGGCUCCGUAACGCAAACACGCUAGAAAACGAACCACUAAACAGGAAGGGAAUUGCCCUCUAUAUAUGUCCCAUUUUCAGUGCUUGUAUAGGUGAAACCGUGUUUCUUCACAAAACAUAUGUUUUCGCAGCGAAGCUAGCCAAUGUGAAAUUGUUGGUUUAAGAAAUAAUUUCACACACAUGUCUGUACAUUUUGAAGUCUAUAAAUUCCUCCAUGUCAACUGGCAUAUUUAUCUCUCCUUUUCUUACAUUGGCUCCUAGAUUAAAUUACUUGUAAUCUGAGUUGAUUUUCUGGUACAGGGAGAUUGUUGUGUUAAAUUAUAUGACAUCCAGUUUUUUUGAAGGUAUAUAAAGUAGUAUGGCUGAACAUUAAGUAAUUGGCGCUACCCUGUAAAUUAGUUGGCGUACUGUUCAGAUGCCCGUGAGCAGGCAUCCUUUGUGUUUUAGUUGCACAGUUUCUUGGCUUUCCUUUUUUGGUGCAGAGAGAAACUUUCUGAACUUGCUGGUUUUCCUUGGUGGAGCAUGCACGUGAACUGGUAGGGCUAUGCUUAGUUCUGCUGCCUGCUAAAAUGAUGAUGACUGGGAGGCCGGUUGCUUGGACCUGGCUGGCACAACUGCUCCGAGUUCUUUGAAAUAAGAAGGUCCUGGUAAUAUUAAGGUGUGCAGUCAAACCUUUUCUACAUGCACUUAUUGAUAUGAUUCACUGAAUAAAUAAAUUUAUUUUGAAGUUUGUAGCCUGUGCG